GAUUUACAGUCGUUGAGUUCGUUUCCCCACAUUAAGUAAUGGACUCAACUGACUAAAUACCCAUGUGAAAUUCGGUCUCAAAAUUGUUCUUCCGUUCUCCCCUUUUUUCUUUGUGCAUUUCAAUUAAAGUCGCGCCGACUUCAGUCAGCAAUGGCACAUACCAUCAAAUUGGAGUGGAUAAGGAGGAUCCUGAGCUCAUCCGGCUCCGGGCAGAGCCGCCUAAUUCAUGAUGCGGCUAGGACGCGGAUCUGCAACCAGGGACCCUUGAGGCGACUGAUGCGUCUGAUCAGGAACAGCUCGGGCACGGCCUCCGGCGGCAAUGAGCCGUGGAAGGUGGGAAGGAAGCCCCAGAACCCGGGGGAGCCAAGCACCGAACGACCAUCACCUUUCAGGGUCAACACAUCCCCAAAUGCUCAUAUGGUAAGUAUGCACCCUCUGGUCAAGGGUCAGGACAAGAAGCGCCUGCCCUUCGAAAAAUCGGCCACCAUGAGGUCGCACAGCGCGCUGAGAAGGGGGGAGCAGCUGGCGAGGACCCUGCGAUCGCAGGAUACCAGCGGCAGGCCCGGGUCAAGGUCCACCAUUCCACUCAAGAUCCUCGAGAUGGUGCAACGGGAGCGCAGGCUGACGGGUCACCCGCCCAGGGAUCGCAGAAUCUCCGCGCAGAUUGACUCGAUGAGGACCAGGAACAUGGAGAGGAUGGUGCGUGAAUCGCAGGCCAGGCUUCUGACCGGGCGGGUCAAGGAGCUCUUUGGAAGACAGGAAGAAAAGGAGGUGGAGAGGAAGAAGUUGGACGUUGAGUCCUUUGUGCCCGAGCCCAAGAUCGCGAAGGAGAAUCGGAGCAAGCUGGAGGUCAGGGAGGUGGUGGACCUGCUGAAGAGGGCCAUUUCCCUGGCGCUCUUCAACCACAAGCGGCGGGUCGAGGUCGUGGACGUGAAGGUCUCCCGGAUGCAGACCAAGCUGGAGUGGAACGCCAGCUCCAUGGAGACCCUGGCCAAGGACAUGGAUCGCUCCCUGCAGACCACCCACGCUUACCACAUGCGAGUGCGCUGUGCCAUGGUCCUGAGCGCCAGGAAAUCGCCAAGACCGGAGGCCACGAAGGCAAACUGCCAGGAAAUGGCCAGCAAUCUCAUCCAGGAGGAGCAGAGGCGUCUGGACACAUUGAGGGCGGAGAGGGUUCCGUUGAAGCUGCCGCAGGAUGACCUAAAACUGGAGAACAUCGUGAAGAAGCUUGCUUGCCCAGUGACCUCGGCCGAAGCAACGGACUUGGACAUUAACUCGCCAAAUUGUCCCAAAUCUUUUUUCACAAAAGUCGCUGACAAUCCGGAAAAUAACUUCCCAAUAGACUUCGUCGAAAAUCCAGACGUCUUCUCCCACAUAUCCAAGCCGCUGAUAAAAAAGUAGUGCAGUAUAUCCAAUAAAGGAGCUUCGGAACACUGAAUUCGAAUUUUAGGAAUUGAUACCAUUACAAAAGUAUUCGAUAUUUGAGUUUUUAUGGCUUAAUCACAUUUUAUAAAUAUUUUCUA